UCUUUUUUGACAACUAUACGGCACUUUUAUUAAUAACGCGUGCGAAGUCAUAGUUAUGAACCACUGUUCCGGCUGUCCCGCUGCUUCAUUUAUCCUCAGUUCGUGGCUUGCUAAUCGCCCACAAGUUCAACUGUCAGUGUCGGCAUUUAAUGUGAUGGGGAGUAAUAUUAUUGAUAUAGACGUUUUCCCAUUGUGGCGUACCACCUGUUAAAGCUGUUAGCAUGAGAAUAACCGAUCGGAUCGCACUGUAAAGUCAGAAAUACUCUGCAAAGCAAAGCGGGGGUGCAGCCUGUGUAAUGACGAUCGGGAAGUGAAAGUACACGAGGUUAGGUGUGUGCAGAUGCGCAGCCUGGCGUGGGUAGGGCUUCCCGGGGCGGAUCUGGGCUCCUCCGUGCUCACACUGCCUGACAGCGCCUCCCGGUCAGAGGUGCGGUGUAAUGUGCUGUCUAAUGCACACUAUAUAAUGUGCACCACCGCGGAACACGUGCGUGCUUAAGGAUAGUCAUAUGUACUCCAUGUAUGAUUUAGGGAUAUUUGAAAUUUACGAUUGUUGACAUCGUGCAGUUUUCAGUUUGAGCUCCAUGAUGCCCAUUUCUUUCUAAAAGUGCGUAAAAAGAAUCAAACCAAGCAACGCUGAAGUUAAAACUGUAUGUGUUUAAGUUGAUCAUAACCAACGUAUUUUCUAGUUUUUUUUAUUUCAGUAUGAAAUCGUUCAGGUAUGUGGGGUGUUGAAAGCAUUUACAGUGGCGCCAAGAUUUGAUUUUAAGGAGGUUACUGCCACUAGUCGCCAUUAUGUUGACAGACUGUUCGACCCCGACCCACAGAAAGUGCUUCAGGGAGUCAUUGACAUGAAGAAUGCUGUAAUUGGAAACAACAAGCAGAAAGCCAACCUUAUCGUGCUGGGAGCCGUGCCCAGGCUAUUGUACCUGCUUCAGCAGCCUUCGUCCAGCCUGGAGCUGCGGACCGAGUGUGCAGUGGUGCUGGGCAGCCUGGCUAUGGGCACAGAGAACAACAUCAAGUCCCUGGUGGACUGCCACAUCAUCCCCGCCCUGCUGCAAGGUCUUCUUUGUCAGGACCUGUGCUUUAUUGAGGCCUGCCUACGUUGCCUCAGGACAGUGUUCAUCAGUCCGGUUACUCCAGUGCAGCUGCUUUACCCAGACCCCACUGUGAUCCCCCACCUGAUGUCCCUGUUGAGUCGGUCACAGCGAACGCAGGAAUACAUCACCCAGAUCUUCUCGCAUUGCUGCAAGACUCCUGAGCAUCAGACGAUUCUGUACAACCACGGAGCCAUUCAGAACAUCGCCCCCCUGCUCAACUCACCCUCCUACAAGGUACAAAUGCAGGCCCUUAAGUGCUUCUCAGUCCUGGCCUAUGAGAAUGCCCAGGUGUCCAUGACACUGGUGAAUGUGCUUGUGGACGGGGAGCUGCUCUCUCAGGUAUUUGUCAGGAUGAUGCAGAGGGACCGGCCCAUUGAAAUGCAGCUUACAGCAGCAAAAUGCCUGACAUACAUGUGCCGAGCUGGAGCCAUCCGGACCGAUGACACCUGCAUUGUUCUGAAGACGCUCCCUUGCCUGGUGCGCAUGUGCAGUAAAGAGCGGCUCCUGGAGGAGCGGGUGGAGGGUGCGGAAACGCUGGCCUACCUGAUGGAGCCCGACGUGGAGCUGCAGCGCAUCGCGAGCGUCACCGACCACCUGGUGGCCAUGCUGGCUGACUACUUCAAGUACCCGAGCUCCGUGAGUGCCAUCGCGGACAUCAAGCGGCUGGACCAUGACCUGAAACAUGCCCACGAGCUACGGCAGGCCGCAUUCAAGCUGUACGCCUCGCUGGGCGCCAACGACGAGGACGUGCGCAAAAAGAUCACAGAGACGGAGAACAUGAUGGAUAGAAUCGUCAGCGGCCUGUCCGAGUCCAGCAUCAAGGUGCGGCUGGCGGCCGUCAGGUGUCUUCACAGUCUCUCUCGCUCAGUGCAGCAGUUAAGGACGAGCUUCCACGACCAUGCCGUGUGGAAACCCCUCAUGAAGCUACUGCAGAAUGCCCCUGAUGAAGUGCUGGUCAUGGCCUCUUCCACACUAUGCAACCUGCUGCUGGAGUUCUCCCCCAGCAAAGAGCCCAUCCUGGAAUCAGGAGUGAUCGAGUUGCUCUGCAGUCUGACCCAGAGUGACAGUCCUGCGCUGAGGGUCAAUGGCAUCUGGGCCCUCAUGAAUAUGGCCUUCCAGGCAGACCAGAAGGUGAAGGUGGAGAUCGUGCGAGCGUUGGGCACAGAGCAGCUUUUCCGCCUGCUGUCAGAUCCCGAUGCCAACGUGCUGAUGAAGACUCUGGGGCUGCUCAGGAACCUGCUGUCCACACGCCCGCAUAUUGACCAGAUUAUGAGCUCACAUGGCAAACAGAUAAUGCAGGCAGUCACCCUGAUCCUGGAAGGCGAGCACAGCAUCGAGGUCAAGGAACAGACGUUGUGUAUCCUGGCCAACAUCGCUGAUGGCAACACGGCCAAAGAGCUCAUCAUGACGAACGACGACAUGCUGCAGAAGAUCAAGUCUUAUAUGGGACACUCUAACGUUAAGCUGCAGCUGGCUGCCACCUUCUGUGUCUCCAACCUCAUCUGGAACGAGGAAGACGCACUUCCCCUCUGUCUGUGUCCAGGAUCCCAGGAGCGGCAAGACAAGCUGAGAGAGAUGGGCUUCGUGGACAUUCUGCACAAACUCACCCAGGCCUCGGACCCCAGCCUGUGUGACAGGGCGAAAACUGCCAUGCAGCAGUACCUGGCCUGACUGCGAGGAUGGCAGAAAGAGGAAGUCACUACCCACCAAUCACUGGGAGAUCGCCUUUCAGAUUCCCCCACUCCCUUCUCUAAAUUUUUUUUUCCCCAACCAUUUUGUUUUGUUGCACAAGACACCUUUUGAGUUGUGGCACAAACAGCCUCUUCCCCUGCCCCUCUGCCCCCCUGGGCCCCAGGACUCGUAAAGAACGUAAAGAAGAAGAAAAGCUGUCGGGCACGAUGCUCUCUUUUUACUUGCCAGCCGGAUUGUUGAGGAUUUAGUUUAUUUUUUCUUUGUGGACAUGAUGUUGAGAUGUGUGUGCGCACGUGCGUAAUGAACUGCACGUGCGUGCAUGUGUGUGUGUGUGUGUGCGCGCGCACGUGUGCAAUGAACUGCACGCGUGUGUGUUUGUAUAAUGGACUGUGCGUGUGUGCAUGUGUAAUGGACUGCGUGUGUGUGGCACUUCCUGGGGGCUGUGGACUCAUCAUGGACUAGAUGAUCUGGAUGCUGCUGCACUUUGAUUUCAGACAGUAGGGGGAGAGGUGGAACUGGGGAAUACGUGUUGCCUCUUCAUUAAUUUAAUUAUUGUUAUUAUAACUAUUGGUAGUAUUAUUUUAUGUUUUGGGGAGGGGGGGUGCUUAAAUGAUUGCUUGUUUUUGGAUGGAUUCUUUUCAAUUUGUUUUGGUUGUGGAAACAUACCUCAGAAUAUAUAUAAAUAUAUAAAUAUAUUUUUUGAAUUGUUUUCCCCCUCAGUUUUGUUUUUGUGAAUAUUUGUUUUUUUUGUUUGUUUUUUUUUGUUUUUUGUUCCUGAAAUAUUUCCUGUCUGUGAGGACAGAUAUGUGAUGGAGGAAUGAAAAUGUGUGGAUGUGGGAAAAUAGAGAGAGCUUUGGGUGCAGCAGGGGUGUGGUAAAUACGGCAGUGUUGGGGGGCUGUUUUUAUAUGGUUGUUUCGUCUGUUUUGUAAGAGAUGGCCUCACCUUUGGCUUUUUUUGAAGCUCUUAGAGAAUGAAUGAAUCAAUGAAUGUCAUUGAAAUAUAUGCAAGCAGACUGAUGGAGUCCGAGUGAUGCAGCUUCCUUUUGUUUGUGCAGUGUCACCAUUGGUGAUUCUUCUAGGAUCCCUACUUUCAAAUUACAGCUGCACAUAAAUCAUUUGCCACAAAGUCUUUUCCCAUCACUGUAAGAAUGAAGAUUGAAUUAAGCCCCACUUGACAGGGCACCCACCUAAUUAAAACUAAAUUAUGCUUCUUUA